CGAAGUUGUCACUAUCAUCUAUGGCAAAGGAUGUAUAUGGAUUUGAUUCUCCAGAAGAACUUGAAGAUGAAAGGUUAUCUAUUGAAAGGAAAGUCUAGUUUCCGUCAAAAUGGCUGAAGCAAUGCUAGGAAAAACGGACGAAGUUACCACAGUAAAGAAAGCAAUUGACGCAGUAAAGAAAGCGAUUGACGAAGCUUUCAGUGAGGAAGAAGACAACAUCCCUUUGCUCGAACAGUCCAAAAGAGUGCCAAGAUCAAGAAAAGCUAAAAGGCAGUCGCCUUUCUGUGAUGAAACUGCACCAAAAAAUAAAGCUGUCAGCGACAUCCUGAUGAGUAUUCAAGAAAGAAUCGCAGAAUUCAACAGGAUAAAAGCACUACUCAAACCUUCAUUCCCUCAGGCGCGCCUGAUUCGAGUACCAGAUCAAGUACUUUCUGAGGCCUUGAACCAAGUAGAGAAUACAACUGACAGUGGAAUUACUGACGGAGAGUCUGCCUCAGCCGCAUCUGAACCAGAACCAGAACCCAAUGCAGCUCCAGAACUUCCACAAAUUCCAGAAACUCCACCAACUCCACUAGCAUGCCCACCAGCUACACCACCAAUUUCUGAACCAGUACAAAUGGUACCAGAACCAAUUCCAGAAGCAGCCUCAACUCCACAACCAGCUCCACAACCAUCUAACACGCAGGAAUAACCAUCAAUCCUUGAACUGCCAACUGACUACACUAUAACUGUAGGUAGAGAUUUACCAAACCUCCCUUACAAUUACAGACAGAACGAACGAUUUUUUGGUAUUUUGAAGCAAAUUGGUCUCGGCAUUAAUAAUGUUAAGGACUUUUCCUUAUAUCCUGCUUUCGAUGAGGAUCUUUUUGUUAACUUUUUACCACAGCUAACCACUCGCCUUGAUCCUUUAAUGGAUUCUUUAUCUCAACAAAAAUUUGCCAUAUUUACAAACAACUCUAAAUGCCUAUCUCCUUACAUUCUUGAUCAUUUCAUUUUCGACAUUUUUAAUGUGAUAAAAUAUAUACUGACCGACCACCUUGCCAAAUUUGAAAAUGACGCGUUAAGAAUGAGAGCCAUAAGAAAUUACAUUAAUUUUGACGAUAUUGACAACCCAAACUAUCCGGAGUUAGUUGUGGAGUAAAAACGCAAAAAAACAGCCCAAAUUAGCUACAACGGCGGCAUAAGAGAGAUGACUCACAUUAUUCAA